AUGUCAAGUGUAAAGUUGAAUGAUGUUUUAUCUGCUCUAGAAAAAUUUGCCCCAAAAUCCCUAUCUGAAACUUGGGAUAACACUGGUUUGCUACUAGAGCCAUACACACCAAGAGACAUAAAGAAGAUCUUACUUACAAAUGAUUUAACAGAAGAUGUUGCAUUAGAAGCAGAUAAUCAUGGAUGUGAAAUGAUAAUCUCAUAUCAUCCUCCGAUAUUUGCACCAUUAAAAUCAGUGAAACAAAGUGCUUGGAAGGAGAGAAUUGUUUCGUUAUUACUAGAAAAACGCAUUUCCUUAUAUUCACCACAUACUAGUUGGGAUUGCGUAAAAGGUGGCGUAAAUGAUUGGUUGGUUUCUGCGUUUCCUGUCUUAGAAUCAAACCCUAUUACACCCAGAGAAGAUCCUAACACUGGUGUAGGAAGGCUGUUACGUCUCGAAAAAGGGAUCUCCAUAACUGACGCUGUUACUAGGGUCAAAAAAAUUACAGGCCUUCAGUAUGUUCGUCUUGCUUUGGGUAAAAAUAAAGUGAUGGAUGAAAAUUCAGUGCAAACAGUAGCUCUAUGCGCAGGCUCUGGAGCGUCCGUCCUUAAGAAUGUUACUGCUGAUUUAUAUCUUACAGGUGAAAUGUUGCACCACGACGUACUGGAUGCCGCACAAAAUGGAAUAUCAGUGAUUCUGACUAAUCACUCUGAUUCGGAAAGGGGAUUCUUAAAGGAAUUUUCCACGUACCUCCAAAAUCAGCUGCACAAUAACGUUGAAGUAUUGGUUAGCGCACGCGAUAAAGAUCCGUUAACAACUGUUUAA